AAAGUUUAAAGCACCUUCUCGAUACAUAUGAUCCUACCUUUUCGGAAUUAGACCCUGAGGAAUUGGAUAAGAACAUAUACUCUGAAGAGACAGAAAUUUCUCAAUUAGAUGAAUCGAGUGAUGAAGAUAAAAGGUCUGAAGAUAUUAUAGUAAUCUCUGAAACAGCCAUCAGAGAACGCAAAUCAAUGUUACUACAACCUCAUGAAAAUAUUGGUCGGCUACCUAAAAACAUCUUGCCUAAUGAAACCGUUAAUGAAGUAAAGCUUUUUAUUAAAUCGCUUGAAGAGCAGCAGAGUGAAGCAUUAGCUGUUAGAAAAUAUACUCGAAAAAGAGCUGAUGGAAAUAUAACUGUUCGUUAUGAAAAAGACGAUAUUAUUUUGCUUCUAUCCCAUUAUUCUUACAAUCGUCUACUUGCUGCUUAUAACUCAGUACACCCUAAAAAGCUCAUUAAGAAAUUGCCUCAUAACUCCCAACAACCCGGAAGUUGGUUUUAUCAAUCGUUAUUGAAAGUUCAUCAGUUUGGUUUCGUAGAUGAAGGUAUUGAUAAAUAUUGGCAUUGUGUCUAUACCGAAGGCAAAGCCUUAAAAGGGACAAAUGAGGCUAGUAACCCUUGGGAUGAAUUCCAGUUGUUAAAAAAAGAUGCUAAUCCACUCAAUAUUAACAAUUGGGAUAUUCGUGAGCUUCUAUCAAGAGGUCUUCCAGAGGAGAAACAAGUACAAAAUUCGUAA